UGGCGGCUGUGUUGAAGUUGCGACGGGGAUGCGGCGCCUUUGACUGAGUGGGUAGAACAGGCGAGGCCUCUGGGACGUUGUGCGGCACAGCAGCAGACCGGCCCGGACGUCGGGGACGCUGUCAUGUACGGUGCCGGCGGGGGUCGCGCCAAGCCAGAGAGGAAAGGAGGAGCGAAGGAGGAGGCCGGGCCCGGCGGCGCCGGCACUGGGGGCAACCGGGUGGAGCUUCUGGUUUUCGGCUAUGCCUGCAAGUUGUUCCGCGACGACGAGCGGGCUUUGGCCCAGGAACAGGGACAGCACCUCAUCCCCUGGAUGGGGGACCACAAGAUCCUCAUCGACAGAUACGACGGGCGUGGUCACCUGCAUGACCUCUCUGCGUACGAUGCUGAGUACGCCACGUGGAACCGAGACUACCAGCUGUCUGAAGAGGAGGCGCGGGUAGAGGCGCUGUGUGAUGAGGAGAGGUAUUUAGCCUUGCAUACGGACUUGCUUGAGGAGGAGGCAAGGCAAGAGGAAGAAUACAAAAGAUUGAGCGAAGCUCUGGCAGAGGAUGGGAACUACAGUGCCGUAGGGUUCACUUACGGCAGUGACUAUUACGACCCAUCAGAGCCCACGGAAGAGGAGGAGCCUUCGAGACAGAGAGAAAAAAAUGAGGCUGAAAACUUGGACGAAAAUGAAGAGCCUUUCAUUGCCCCAUUAGGAUUAAGUGUCCCGUCUGACGUGGAGCUGCCACCAACAGCCAAAAUGCAUGCCAUCAUCGAGCGCACAGCCAACUUCGUGUGCAAACAGGGAGCACAGUUUGAGAUAAUGCUGAAGGCCAAGCAAGCACGAAACUCGCAGUUCGAUUUCCUGCGAUUUGAUCACUACCUCAACCCCUACUACAAAUUCAUCCAGAAAGCCAUGAAGGAAGGACGGUACACGGUGCUGGCAGAAAACAAGAAUGAGGAGAAGAAAAAGUUGGGGACGACCUCUGACAAUGAAGAUGAAGAUGAGGAAGAGGAUGGGAGUUACCUACACCCGUCUCUCUUUGCUUCCAAGAAGAGCAGCCGCCUGGAAGAGCUGAUGAAGCCCUUGAAGGUGGUGGACCCAGAUCAUCCUCUAGCUGCCCUUGUCCGUAAAGCACAGGCCGACAGCUCUGCUCCAGCCGCACCCACUGCAGAUGGCACACCUGUGCAGCCCUCCCAGGUGGAGUACACAGCAGACUCAACUGUGGCAGCCAUGUACUACAGCUACUACAUGUUGCCAGAUGGCACCUACUGCCUGGCACCACCCCCACCUGGGAUCGAUGUAACUACUUACUACAGCACUCUUCCUGCUGGAGUGACCGUGUCCAACUCACCUGGUGUGACUACCACUGUACCACCACCUCCUGGGACCACACCGCCACCACCCCCAACCACAGCUGAAACAAGCAGUGGGGUUACCUCCACAACCACCACCACAAGUGCGCUUGCUCCCGUGGCCAUCAUACCCCCGCCCCCUGACAUCCAGCCUGUGAUCGACAAGCUGGCAGAGUACGUCGCCAGGAACGGCCUUAAGUUUGAGACCAGUGUUCGAGCCAAGAAUGAUCAAAGAUUUGAGUUCCUUCAGCCCUGGCACCAGUACAACGCCUACUAUGAGUUUAAGAAGCAAUUCUUCCUGCAGAAGGAAGGAGGCAGUAGCACACAGGUAGCACCCACGGCUGAAGAGGCUUCCACAGAAACUGCUGCUGAAGAGUCGAGUGAAGCCGGGGAGGACGGCACUGCUGAGGGUAUGGCAGAGACUGGGGGAAGAGGCAGCGGGAAGAAGGAGGCUGGGUCCAGCAAGAGCACCGUGGACGGGAAGCUGGUAAAAGCAGCUUCAUUUGCUCCAAUAAGCUUUGCCAUCAAGGCCAAAGAAAAUGACCUACUUCCUCUGGAAAAAAACCGAGUCAAGUUGGACGAUGAUAGUGAAGAAGAUGAAGAAAGCAGGGAAUGCCAGGAAAGCACAAACAGCGUGUCCAACCCCAGCCCAGCCGCAGCCCCACCCUGUGUGGUCGUGGAGGAGAAGAAGCCCCAGCUCACCCAGGAGGAGCUAGAAGCAAAGCAAGCAAAACAAAAGCUGGAGGACCGCCUUGCUGCUGCUGCACGGGAAAAGCUGGCCCAGGCAUCCAAGGAAUCAAAGGAGAAGCAGCUCCAGGCUGAACGUAAAAGGAAAGCAGCUUUGUUUUUACAAACCUUAAAAAAUCCUCUUCCAGAAACAGAAGUUGGAAAACUUGAGGAGAGUGCAUUCAGUGUAGAGGAAACCGGUGUCAUGCCCUGUCCUCUGCUGGUUGGAGGUAGAACUCUGCCCAUGUUAGAAGUGAAGCCUCCAGAAAGGCCUUCAAGCAGAUGUAGAGACCCACCAAGAGAAGAAGAAAGAGAAAAGAAGAAGAAGAAGCACAAAAAACGGUCUCGAACGAGGUCCCGCUCCCCCAAGUACCACUCGUCUUCCAAGCCCAGGUCUAGAUCCCACUCAAAAGCCAAGCACUCCCUGCCCAGUGCCUACCGGACAGUGCGGCGGUCGAGGCCCUCAGCCUCCCCAGGGAUCUUGAGUGUGGAGCCUUGUCCCAGCAGCUCGGCAGUGGCGGCAGCACAGCAGGAGAGUUAUCAGGCAGCCUCGGCCUCGAGCAGCUUUGACUCCUGGAGCUCUUUUGAGGGGAAACCUGGUAAACCGUCAAGGUCACGCUCUCGGUCCCCAAGAAGGAGAGCACACUCUCCUGAGAGACGACGGGAAGACAGAAGUGUCCCUACUGCCUACCGGAUGAGUGGUAGCCCUGGAGCCAGCAGGAAACGAACCCGUUCCAGAAGUCCCCACGAGAAGAAGAAGAAGCGGAGAUCACGGUCGCGCACCAAGGCCAAAGCCCGCUCCCAAUCAACGUCCCCGAGCAAACAGGCAGCACAGCGUCCCUCUGCACACUCAGCCCACUCGGCCAGCAUCUCUCCUGUGGAGAGCCGAGGUUCUUCCCAGGAACGCUCCAGGGGAGUUUCUCAGGAAAAAGAUGGCCAGAUCUCCUCAGCAAUCGUUUCCUCUGUGCAGAGCAAAAUAACUCAGGAUCUCAUGGCCAAAGUAAGAGCAAUGCUCGCAGCUUCAAAAAACCUGCAGACCAGUGCAUCCUGAGACGGCAGCCAUGGAGCCGGCCCCAAGCAGAGCAUCGUGCACAGCUGUGGCCACAGGUGCUGGGCUUCAGCUCAGAGCACCCACAGCCCAGCCAGAAGCUGAGCUGCAAGCUCUGUGCCGACCUACACACGGCCCUCCAGGUUCUCCAGCCCGACUCCCUGGGUUAGUCGGUGGCUUUUGUAAAUUUUUGGUGAUAUUUUCAGUUUCAAAUUUUUGACCAGCAGUCUCUUACCUGUAUAUUUGUAAAUAUAUCAUGUUUCUGUGAAAAUGUAUUAUCAAAUAAAGCGGGAGGAAACACCUUUUCUAGCUAGCAGCCAGGGCGGCUCUUGCUUUCUGUUUUCUGCCACUUAACGAGUGUCAGCCUGUGGAGAAACGGGACUUCCCUCCAGUGGUGGCUUCUCCCUGGCUGAGGAAGGGGAUGUCCCACUUGUGUCCUCUGUGUCCUCUGCCAGACCAGCCAGUCACAGGGUCAUCCUGACAUGGGCCUCAACUGCCCCAUGAAGUUGCAGGUUUGUGUAUCCCUCCCUUCAGGAGGCCUUUACUCUCCCACUGCUCACAUGCAAGGCAUACAGGGUCCUGACAUGAGAAAUGGAGACGUGCUGGCAUAGGCUGACACUCGAGUAUGCUCAGACUAUUCUGUGCUAGGUGGGCUUCCUCUGCAGGUCCUGCCUUGUGCCUGACCAGAAAUGGGCCCCUUCCCCCCUUGCAGUGGUCCCCACUCAGGUUCUGAUGCUUCCCUCAAGACACUCACAGCCCCCAGAAGCUGGUGUGGGCAGGGCAGAUGAUGGAGUUGGUGGCCCUAGAAAAUGGGUGUCAGUGAGACAAUGGCCCCCUAGUUGGCCCAGCAAGCACUCCUGAGCAGACAGAACCACCACCUGCCUUUGAGGCAUCAGCUAGGCUCCCCCACCCCACACCUGUGUCGGUUGUGCCUUGUCAUCCUCACAGCCUGGUGCCAGCCUGUGCUUCCCUCGUGUAUGUCAGGUUGUCAGUGUUAGACCCCGUCUCCGUCCCCAGUGGCCUCAGCUACGAAUGGUGACUUUAUAAACUAACUUUGUCCUCAGAGGACUCAUGACACUGAGCAUACCUAAUCUGAGUCUCUGGCUCCCACCGGGCCACUCCUCCCUGUCCACAGCCCAGACCUCAGGAAACAUCACACACCACACCUGUCUGCCAGGACCACUGAGCGCUGGCUAAGUCAGGAGAGUAAAAGUGCUGGCCGCUUGUGACAGACACUGCCACCCUCGUGAUUCUAGACUCCUACAGUGACUCAGAUGGACAUAAGGGGCC